ACAAAAAUAAUAUGUGUCCGUACUUGAACUCACACAACAAACAGCAAAAUAGCAACAAACAGACCCCUUUUUCUCUAAAUAAAAACCAUCAUCUUUUCUUUUCUUUGCCCUCCACAGACCAAACACCAACAACGACACACCUUCUUCUAAUUACUACAACAAUGAGCAACGGCGGCGCUGCAGGGCCUUGUGGUGCCUGCAAGUUCCUUCGAAGGAAGUGCGUUAGGGGUUGCAUUUUUGCACCCUACUUCGACUCCGACCAAGGCACCGCCCACUUCGCCGCCGUGCACAGGGUGUUCGGUGCUAGCAACGCCUCCAAGUUGCUGCUCAGAAUUCCGCCGCACCGCCGCCUCGACGCCGUCAUCACCCUCUGUUAUGAGGCACUUGCUAGGGUUAGAGACCCCGUUUAUGGCUGUGUUGCCCACAUUUUCACUCUCCAACAACAGGUUGUCAAUCUCCAGGCCGAACUGGCGUACAUCCAGGCACGUAUAUCAACCCUACAACGUUCGCCAUUACCACCCCCUCAGCACCCAUGUCUUUCCUCACCCAACAUUCGGACCUCCUCAGAGCUUGCGGGCAACUCUAGUUGUCUGCAAACGGGCAUCUUCGAUCCCUCCCAGUCUGAGGAAACAUCUCCGGAGAUGGUUAGUUUUUGUAACGCAGUCGAUCAAGAAGUGGAAGAUAUUGGCGAUCUCCAGUCUCUGGCCAGGGAAUAUGUUUCCAGGUAUUUUCCAGGGGUUAGAUUCAGGCCUCCAACUUCACAGUGAAAAGCACUGGUGACUGUGUUGAGGAACUUGUAAUCUGUAGUGCCGUUCUGACCUUUUGGGUUUUAAGGAUUAGUACUAUAAAUGUUUGUAUCUUGUCGUGGAAAUAACGUGGUUUCUGGUGUAAUCUGAAUUAGAAUUUUUGUCAUUCUU